AUGCGCUUCGCCAUCCUCGCGUUGGCCGUCGGUGCCGCCGCCUCCGUCAUCCCCGGCUCCUCCUCGCCUGACGCCUGCCUCCGCGCGCACUCGUCUCUCCUCGCCUCCCUUUCCGCCUGCGGCUCCCCCGCCGCCCUCUCUGCCUGCUUCUCCCAGCUGUCCUCCUCGUCGUCCACCGACGCGCUCGAAGCCUGCUACGUUGCCGCCGACUGCUCCGCCGACGACGCCGCCCGCGAGGCCCGCCACGUCCUCGCGCGCUGCGACCAGCUCCAAGCCGAAAGCGAGCUCCGCCGCCGCCAGGAGACCUUCACCGCCGUCAUCACGCCCGCCCCCAACCCGCUGGCCAUGGUCGCCGCCCGAACAAACGUCCAGGGCGAUGACUGCUUCACCACCGAGGUGCAGAACCAAAAAGUCUGCCCGGGCGUCGUCUCGGGCACCUCGAUGCCCUGCUCGCAGGCCCCCGUCACCUCCAAGUCGUGCCGCUCCGGCUGGCUCUGCACCGAGGACCCCAACGGCAAGGACAUUUGCAUGGCCAAGAUCGACAAGCUCGACAUUGGCGGCAUCAUCAUUGCCAUUGUCUUUUCCGUCAUUAUUCUCGCCGGCAUCAGCUUCCUCAUCUUCAUGUCGUGCGCCGAGAGCCGCGCGCAAAAGAAGAUGAAUGCCCGCGCCGAGGCUACUGCGCUCGCGCGUGCCGCUACCAAGAAGAAGCGCGCCGAUGAGGUCCGCGCGCCUCUCAUGGCCCAGCAGCAGCAGACCGAGUACCAGACCCAGGGCAGCGGUAGCGGCAACCCCUUUGGCGACAGCCAGCCUCACUAA